AUGAAUUUUCAGCUGCGUGAAAGCAUUGCCGCUGUGAAAUUUGACAAGAACGUUCGAGUUGUUGUUCUCAAGAGUGAUGUAGAGGGAGCCUUCUGUACAGGAGCUGAUCUAAAAGAGAGAAAAAUGAUGCCGAUUGAGAAAGUGCCUAUUUUCGUUGAUUCCCUGCGAUCUUCUUUUUCCGAGCUAGAAGGUUUGCCACAACCUGUGAUUGCCGCUAUAGAUGGAUAUGCUCUUGGCGGAGGUCUUGAAUUGGCUCUUGCAUGCGAUAUCCGCGUAGCGUCUGCCGAAUCUAAAGUGGGCCUUACAGAAACGAAACUGGCAAUUAUACCUGGAGCAGGCGGAACCCAGCGGCUGACUCGUGCUGUUGGACCUGCGAUAGCAAAGGAGCUUAUCUUUACUGGACGUAUGAUUGGCGGUGAGGAGGCAUGCCGCAUGGGACUUGUUAAUCACUGCACGAAGACUGACUCAUUUUCUAAAGCUUUGGAAAUUGCUCGAGAAAUUAUCCCGCGGGGACCUAUAGCUGUCCGCCUUGCAAAAAUAGCCAUUGACACUGGUGCGGAAGUCUCCUUGAGCAACGGUCUAAUAGUGGAACAACAGUGUUACGCUCAAGUAUAUUUUAUGUCUGCUUUUUGUUUUGAAGAGCGUUGAAU